UGAAAACAGCAGCUUGAGAAGACAUGGAAUUUACGGAGGUCCCUGUAAAUCAGCAAAGUAAGGCGAAGAAAAAGAAGAAUAAGGCCCCGAAGAUGAAGAGGGGUGCAAGUCAGGAGGGGGACGGAGAGAAAGUCGGGUUGGAGACGGAGGGAGGCGACGCGAAAAAGAUGAAGCCAGAGACAGCUACUUUUCCCCCCACCUUCAGUGUGUCCGAAAUCAAGAAUAAACAACGGAGACACCUCAUGUUCAUGAAAUUCAAGCAAGAAAGGCGAAAGCAAAAGAUGCAGCUGAGGAAAAAGAGGCAAAAGGAGAGGGAAGCUUUAGGUGACAAGGCGCCACCAAAGGAGGUCCCUAAGACAAUAGAGAACCAGAGGGUGUAUGAUGAGACAACAGUUGACCCAGAGGAUGAAGAGGUUGCUUUUGAUGAGGGAACUGAUGAAUUUUCUGCCUACUUCCAAGGAUUGACAAAUCCCAAAGUGCUCAUCACAACAUCAGACAGACCCAGAGGGAAGACUGUAAAGUUUUGUGAGCAGCUGGCCACAGUGAUCCCAAAUGCACACGUGUACUACAGAAGAGGUUUGGCUCUCAAGAGGAUCAUCCCACAGUGCAUUUCCAGGAACUUCACCUACCUCAUGGUCGUCAAUGAGGAUCGCCACGUGCCCAAUGGUUUGGUUCUGUGCCACCUACCCGAUGGGCCGACUGCACACUUCAAAGUCAGCAGUGUUCGACUACGCAAGGAGAUAAAGAGAAGAGGUAAAGAUCCAACCGAACACUAUCCAGAAGUAAUCCUCAACAACUUCACCACUCGUCUGGGACACACCAUCGGCCGGCUGUUCGCCGCUCUGUUUCCACAAGAUCCUCAGUUUGUUGGUCGACAAGUCGCUACCUUUCACAACCAGAGAGACUUCAUCUUUUUCAGAUUCCACAGGUAUAUCUUCAAGAAUGAGAAGAAAGUUGGUAUUCAGGAGCUGGGACCUCGCUUCACCCUCAAGCUCCGCUCUUUACAGAAAGGCACUUUUGACUCAAAGUUUGGAGAAUAUGAGUGGGUCCUCAAGCGCCACGAGAUGGAUGCCUGCAGGCGGAAGUUCCAGCUUUAAGAAAAAACAACGUUCCCCAGAGGAAAUCUUUAGAUAUCUUAGCUUUCUGUUGACUUUGUCUGUUGUCUUUCAAGAGCCUGAGACUCAGUGGUUAAAAACUACCAAAAUUAUUCACUCUACCCUCUUGAUACAACUUGUGGAAACAUCAACAAUGAUUCUAAUGUUGGACUUUUUUACCUUUUUCCUGUACUUAACAGUGCCGGUAAGCUCAUAUUAUUGUAAAAAAAACAAAAAAAAAAAAAAACCAUGGGAAA